CUUUUUUUUUCCACCCCACUUCUAAAUCCGCCUUCCUAAUACCGAGAUUUUCUCUGUAAACCCACCAACAAUGAGGAUCUUUGGCGGUUUUCCACAUCUCAUUUUAUGCAGCCAAAAUCUGAUGAAAAGGAAUGGAAGAAGGAGCCGGUUCCAGUGUUGCGGAGGCUGCCGACAUGGAGAGGCAAAAGUUCCCGUUCACCAUUGAAGACAUCUUGAGGAAUUAUCCAGACGCAGCACGGGAAAAUCCAGCGGUGUGGUGUUUAUGUUGUUGCUGUUGCUGUUGCUGCUGUUGCGUAGAUGGGAGGACGGAUCGUCCUCAUCGAGACAUGAUGACUGACCUCCCCCAAGGCAAGCGCUGCUCCUGUGUCAUCCCAACACCGCAACCACUCUCUGGGCUUCCCUCCCAAGCUUUGUGGGCACACCCCGGCGUUCGAGAAGAAAAAGAGGAAGCUGCGGCGGAGGCCCAGAUGCCAAGAAGGACCCGGCGACACCGAACCAUCUUCACGGAGGAGCAGCUGGACGCGCUGGAGGAACUCUUCCUGCAGAACCACUACCCAGACGUCAACGCUCGGGAAAAGCUAGCGCAGAGCACUCGGCUCCGAGAAGAAAGGGUGGAGGUUUGGUUUAAAAACCGCAGAGCCAAGUGGAGGCGCCAGAGAAGAAUCUCCUUUAAUGCAGGAAAUACAGAAAACUAACUUUGUAUCGAUCCAGUUCACGUUAUGUCACUAAGUCAUUUACAAACACUUUGGACCAUUCAAACUACAUGAAUGAAAGAAUGUACCGGUAGAUUAUUUUGAAUGUUUGAGUGAAUGGAAAUAAUGCCUUUUGGUAGUUUAGCAUCAAGUUACAACACGCUUUGUACAAACAAAUCGUCGUCGUGAACAAAUAAA